AUGCCAGUCUACCCUGUUCGACGCCGGCCACGCGAGUGCAAAACAUGUCAUCAAUGUCGCGCGAGCAAGGUCCGCUGUGACCGAAAUGUGCCAUGCAGCAACUGCAUCAAGCGCGGGUUUAGUUGUACCUACGGUGGACCUCCGCCAACCUUGGUCUCCCCCAUACCCCCAAUUGCUCCCGAGAACUUCGUGGUUUCAACGACCCCAGGAAAUGUACCGCAGAUAAACCCCCCACCGACGCUAUCGACAAGUAACCAUGAUGCCCUCUCCUCUGCCGGUCCUGGUACGGACGAUCCAUCCUCGGAUACAGUUUCGAUAUCUCCCGUCGAGUGGGAAGAACUCAAUAUCAAGAUGCAGGAGAUGGCACAUGUCCUAGCAAGCAUGAAAUCAAUCGUUCAGGCCCAUUGUCAUCCACUGCAACCGCCACAACCGCAGAAACCAAUCGAUCGUCAUCCAGACGCAAGCGACGUAGGUGAAUCCCUGUCGCGGCCAAAUAACAACAUCUAUGGAUCGACCACGUUGAAAACAGGCUCGGUCCAUAUCGGAAAUCGGUCUGCGUUGCAUGAUAUCUUAGACAAGACGAAAAGUGCGGCAGACCCAGCGCAGGUGCUACCCAGAGACGAUUUGCUGGGCCAGUUUGCAUUGGAAAAUGACAACAGCGGAUAUCCUUUCGUUGACCUCUGGUCGUCGGAUCCGCUGACCUUUAACAUUGGAGGCGUAUGUGACGUACUGCCGGAUGAAGAUCAGUGUUUCAAACUGUUUAGUUGUUACAAAAAUAUCGCAGCUGUGUUGUAUCCUGUACUUUCAGAUAUUGAUCAAUUCGAGAGUGACCUGAAGCAGUUAUUGGAGGGCCGACAACGAACAGGCGGAGUCUAUCAGCCGGACGGGGAUGGCCCGUUGAAACCAUUUGGAAUGAGCAUCGGCUUUCUGAGCCUCUGCUUCGCAGUUCUUGCCUCCGGCUGCCAGCUUUCUGAUUUACCGGGAAUCCAACGUGAGAUGACUUCUUGGAUAUAUGUUUCCUGUUCGUACCAGUGUCUGCGCAUGCUGAAUUAUGUAUCGCAGCCGUCGGUGGAAGUCAUCCAGGUUCUGUUAAUCAUUAGCAGUGUUCUAUCCUACAACAUGAAUGCUGGAGCAUCUUACACAUUGCUCGGGCUGACGGAACGUCUUUGUAUGGUUCUUGGACUGCACGCAGAGGCGCCUGGCUACCCACCAGUCCUUCAAGAAGCUCGGAGAAGGGUUUGGUGGGCCAUGGCAUUUCAGAAUAGUCAUUUUUCCCUGGCCUAUGAUCGGCCUUCAAUUACCAUGAUCAGCCAGCCAGAUAUUCCCUACCACCGCAAAUCGAUGCCCGGGCAUCGGUCAUACUUCGAGACCCUGUCUUGCAUUCUUGGCGUCGUCCUUGAGACGCUCCGUAUCUUAAUGAUGGAGAAGCACUUGCACCUUCAACCAAGAGAAAUUUUCGUGCAUGUGAAACAAAUACGCAGCAUAUUUGCAGAGGCUGCGCCGCACCUGCGCUUCAGAGAGCGUUGCGCCAGCUUAGCAGACAGCAUUGAAUGGGCGGAGCUGAAGCUGCACUCUUCGUAUUAUAUCUCGCUUUUGUGCCGGGUAUCUUUGGAUCCGGACGCGUCGAUCACCGAUCAAGAACGUGAGAGCUUACGGCACGAGUGUUUGGCGAAUUUGGUGAACCUAAUCGAAGCCUUUAUUGAGUUGCACACGAUCAGCCCGUAUGCAUCGCGCACCUGGAUCAGUGUUCAACGGACCAUUGCAUCGGCCUUUCUCCUUAUCGCGAGUAGAAACGACCAGGUUUGGCCACAAUCUCGGGACUUGCUCCGGCGACUCGAAAGGGUCCUCGCAGACCACGUAUAUUCAGACGGGAGUGUGACCCCGACCACGCGCACAGACACGGCGAAGCACCUUUCCUCAUCAUUGGAAGCGCUUCGGGCAGUCACAUCUGCAUUUGGUUCGGGAAAGGACCAGCAGAACGAACAGGGGACACCCUUGAAAGGAGAAAGUGCGACGCGGAGCGUUCCGCAAGACGCCCCAUUUCUGCCCUCGCCCGCAUUCGCCCACCUUGCAGCCUCAAUGCCUUCCUACGGAGGAGCAUACGGCGUGCCUUUGGAAGACGGACAUCUUGACAAUAUUCUGAACCAAGUGUCGGACGUAAUGCUGUUUCCUAGUAUGAACAUAGGAAAUUCAUGA